AAUUCGUUGGGUCGCUUUCCGGGUUCUUCUUCCGGUUCGAUAGGGGAAAAGUGACACUGUGAAUGGAUAGUGUUUAGUGUUUAAAGUGUAUAUUUUCUUCCCUUUCCUCUGACUGUUGGUUUUGUAUCGUCUUUCGCUGUUUCCUACCAGUUAAAAUAUGCGUUAUCUACUGCUUACUGGAAAACGUGAAUAUUCUCUUGUUGACGCUGCUUGUAUCGUGAAUGCUGCUUCUUUCAUACCCAUAAAUAUAUACAAUUUUUACGAUCUUCUGCCAGAAAGUAGGAUUUUAUGGUGUGAGAUGGAAGUGUUAACAAUCUGUUGAUUGAUAGUAUGCAAUGUUUACCCGAAACUUCUGCCAGGUGACCGAGGAGAUUACAAAGUAAUGUGUUUUAUGGCCUCAUAACAACAUAUGUGGAUAACGUGAGCGAAAAAACAAAUCGCAUGAAAUUACCAAAUAUAUUCGUCAACAAAAACAACAUCUACCAGCCGUAACAACAAACCAAGUGGAAUAAAUUAUAUUGAACUGAAAUUGGAGGUAUUCUCGGAGGAAUUUGCGUGCUAGCAUUGUUCAUGAAACUAUUUGUCGAGCGUUGGAAUCAAUGGUGUGAAGCAUUUUUUCCACGGCUCAGUUACAUCUAAAGUUGUUAUUGCGAAGUUUUCCCGAACAAUUGAGGAAGUUCUCUGGUGCAAAAUGUGCUCUUGAUGUGAUGGAUAAAGUGCUCGUCUAAGGAUCCAGUGUAAUAAUUAACAGUGGCCCAAAACAGUGUAUUUUUGAUUAUGGAGAUAUUUUCGAGGACUUGAAAUAUGAUAGCUGACGAGAACAACAUUCAUUACGGUUAGCUCGGAUUAGUGACUUGUAUUUCUACGUGGCUGCACCCAAGUACAGUUGAUGGAAUCAAGUGCGUGUGGUUCUGACUAUCCACUCCCCUGCGAGACAAAAAUUGACGCUCAAAAGUUUGUUUAUACAUCUAGCAAGAUGGUGCGGUUCAAUCUAGAGGAACGAGAUAACAGAGAUAAUUAGAAGAUUGUGAAUUUCUUCCGUUCCAUCUUUCCACCCGGCUCCAUCGAAGACAGAGAGCUCGAUUGAGGAGGAAAAUCUGUGCUCUAACUCCCACCCAUUCGGUUGCUACUUUCAACUGAGAUUUUCCGACACUGUUGUGUUGUCGUCAGGAAUUGCCAGAGGAGGAUAAUGGACAUUUCAGCCAGUUUCCUGCUAGCGUUGGCAGUUUAUUUGCAGAGUGCGUAUUAUCCACACGCUCUGGUACUGCCGGAAACGGAUCACCACAGCAGCGGUGGGGGUCUAACGAUGACCGAGGAGAAGACACCACAGGCGUACUUUCGCUGCGAGGACGGAUACUUCCGGUGCAACAGCACACUGCACUGCAUCGAGCAGCGGCGGAACUGUGACGGAGUGGCGGAUUGCGAUGAUGGAUCCGAUGAGCGGGAUUGUGAUGAUGAAGUCGAGUCGUCGUUUUGGGAUCACUUCUUCCGAAAAAGACCGGCCGCUUUAAACGAUCACCUGCCGUAUACUUCUUGUGCUUGGAAUGAUUUCAACAACUCGUGCAAGUGCCGGGCAACAGAAGUUCUGUGUGAUUACAACGGCCUCACCACGCUGCCAACAUCGUUGCCGAUGGAAAACGUCACCCUGCUGGAUCUGACAGGCAAUAAGUUCUCCAUGCUGAAUAUGAAUGUCUUCGAGAGGCUGCCUGCCCUCAACACACUAGUUCUGAAGCACUGUUCAAUAGAAGAGAUUGAACCACCAACGAGAACACUGAAUGAUAUCUAUGCAAUCCAUCUGGACCAGAACAAGUUAAAAUCACUCCCGGACAUAUUCUUCCCUCCCGGAACAUGGCUGCACACCCUCAUCCUCAGUGGGAACCAGAUAACAAAGCUGAGUGCUGGGAAUUUUCAGAAUCUAUUCUAUCUGAAGGAACUUGAUUUGCGGGAUAAUCAGAUUAGUUCGCUGGAAGCGGAUGUUCUCCGACCACUGCAAAGUUUGGACAUUUUAUACCUAAACAAAAAUCGUCUAACGAAUUUGAAUGUCGGAAUGAUUCCGAGGCUGACCUCAUUGCGGACGCUCUCGCUGGCACAGAACCAAAUCCGCUCCAUCGCGGUGGAUGCUUUAGAUUUGCCCAUGCUGGAACACUUGUAUCUUUCCGAGAAUCGACUGCGGGUAAUUGCCAACAACACGUACCGUAACUUACCGAAUUUAUUAGGACUAUUUUUAAAUGACAACGAAAUCAUCAACUUCCAGCUCAGAUCGUUUGCCGGAAUUAAUAAUCUAACCACUAUGAACCUGAAGGGAAAUAAAUUCACCCGGAUAGAGAGACGUGUGCUGGAAAAUCUCACCAGCCUGAACUACAUACAUUUCACCGAGUUUCACCACUGCAAAGCGGCAUUACACGUGAGAGUGUGCGAGCCGCGCGGCGAUGGCAUCAGCAGUAAAAGUCACCUGCUGGACAACCCCGUGCUGAGGGCCAGCGUGUGGAUAAUGGCGGCGGUCGGAAUUAUCGGUAAUUUGCUCGUGUUAUUUGGCCGGUACGUGGUGGGAUCCAGGAGCAGUCAGGCCCACGCCGAACACUCGCUGUACUUGAGACAUCUGGCCGCCAGUGAUUUGAUGAUGGGGAUCUAUUUGGCAGUCAUCGCCACAGCUGACAUUAUGUUCCGGGGCCAAUAUCUGCUGCACGAGGAGGAAUGGCGAAUGAGUGCGAUGUGUGCGUUUAGCGGUUUCCUCAGUACCCUCAGCUGCCAGUCAUCCACCCUGUUGCUGACGCUGGUCACAUGGGAUCGAUUGAUUUCUGUUACCCGGCCUCUGUAUCAACGGUCAAACAGUAAAACUCGCGUCAUAAUGCGUUUGGCGCUGCUGUGGGGCAUUGCUGCAGCUGCUGCAGCAGCUCCUCUAUCCGCCACAGAUUACUUCGGGUCACACUUUUACGGAAGCAAUGGCGUGUGCCUGUCGAUUCAUAUCCACGACCCAUACGCCAUGGGAUGGGAGUACUCGGCUGGACUUUUCAUUCUCGUGAACACGUUCUCGUUGUUGUUCAUCGGGACGUCCUACUUGCGGAUGCUGCAAGCAAUCCGUGUCUCGCGAAAUGAAACGAGGAACACACUCAACUGCCGGGAGAAGGUGGUUGCAAGAAGGUUUGCAAUUAUCGUUAUCACGGACUGCCUCUGCUGGAUGCCAGUAAUCGUGGUGAAAUUGGUGGCCUUAGGAGGAACAGUCUCGCCCAAUUUACGUCCAGCAACGGCGGAAGCAAGCGGUUGCUGCAGCGAAGGGAGCGCCUCUCGGCUAACACGAAGGUGUACGAGUUCAAAUAGCAAACGUCCUCGGAGAUCGGCCGGCGGCAUACGGUGUCUCAUCCACGCCGCCGUGCCGGUGUGGCAGCCAAUCUGGACCAUCGUAAUCAUCGUCAUUGUUUUCUACCCAUUCAGCAGAAUCUUCAUCACCAUAAUCAGCACCAGCAGCUGCAGCAUCACCAUGCACCACGAAAAGAUCACUUCUUUGCGUCAGCGGGGUCUCCGCCGGGGUCGCCCGCGUCAUCCACCCUGACAGCGCUAACCGACUCGACUCUGACUAUGAUUGAAGCCGGCUCAAUGACCGGGGCGGGGCCACCCCAAACCACACUGGUCGUCAGCGGAAGGGAACGUCUGCAGCUCAAACCAUGUCUCAGCGUGGGCACUACUGGGAUGAAAACCGCUGCCACAGAAUCGGUAUCGCUGAGAACGCCACAGAGAAAGGGGUCCUUCCAGGUACUACUAAAGAAGGACAGCGUUCGGAGUCAUUGCAGCUACGUUUGCGACCUGUAAUGAGAGCUCAAUCCGUUUUGGGAAAGAGAGGUCAAUUAGGGUAGAGGGUUCGUCGAGAAUAUGCCUGAUUGGUGUUCGGAGUGGCAGAGUAGCAUUGUGAAUAUAUGGGAGAAGCCCCAGCGAGCGGAUGGUCAAGAGCCAGCUUAGACGUUCGAAUGAUUCGAAAUGCUAUUAGUGAUUGUAUUUAUGUGGGUUAGAAUUGUUGUCAACUUUAUAUACGACACACUCUCCUCAGAAAUAGCGGUCGAAAUUUCUGUUUGUAAAUCGUUUUCGUACGAUUUUUCAUUCAUAAAUGUUCUAAUUCUAGCACCACCAACAAAUUUCAUGAGCGCUUGAUUCAGCGAACCCUGUCAUCCUGAUUUAAGUCUUUAUAAUUCAUCACGUUCGUUCGUUCUUGUCAUUCUGAAUAUUAUUGAUAAAUUUUGAUCAAUGAAUAUUGAAAUAGCGUUGUGCUUGUCUUAACCCAUAAUGUCACUUAGUGGUUCAAGUUGAUUGAGUUGAUAAUUUCGAUGCAUCUGUUCUUCGAGGAGCUAAACGUCAUAGUGGUUCUUCUAUCCGGUCAAGAAUAUUUUGAUAGUAAUUUUGUUUGAAACUAUACAAUAUUCGAUACUGAAUUCGACAUGAUUCAUUUUAUUUUGGAAAUCCUACAAGAGAGAGUCCGUCUAUGAGGAGGCUAUUGGAGCAGAAUCUAGUAGCCAAAGAUGCGCUCGGAAGUGACGCCACGAUCCCAAGACAGAGUUCGAAGAUAUUACUUCUGGAAAAAAAACUUGAAGUACGAAGAGAUGUUCUAAUCAAGUUCAAGUUCAUUUUCGUUAAUUUAUUUUCUCUCAAGCUUCCUAUCCGAGAACGGGCGAGAACAUCAGGUUUUCGUUACAACAAGACUAUAAAUGCCUAGAUGUGGGAUCAAGGGUGCCCGAAUAACACGUUCCACUAUAGAGCAAUCCCACGCCAAAUCAGCCUAAAAACAGCAAAUUUUGGCGCAACCCUCUUCGGUUUUGUUCAAACUUGGUAGCGGAAAUGGGGGGAAUUUGGAUCCUCUAAGCAAAUCCCCUAAUAUUUCCAAACCAAUAAGGUCUAAACAAAAAAUGCCACAUUGUACACUGAGCUACACUUGUUUUCUCUCAAUCAAUAAUGCUUAAUCAUGAUAUCAAGCUUCAAUUUACCAAAUCUAUAUAGGGUAAAUGAUCUUGGUUUGUCCGAUUUGGGAUGUUUUUAUGCAACUAGUAAAUGCAAAUCGAUUUUUCUUCAUGAAAAUCACAUAUAAUGGAUACGAGUUUGGGAUUGUUGAAAAGCCCCAAGUCUCUAGUUGCUAAUACUACAGUAAGGCGUUGAAAUUAUUCAAAUUUCUAUGUUUGUUUAACGAUUUUCCUCAAAGAGAAAUUAUGAUCAUGGUUUGACCACCACUGAUCAUGGUUUGUCCGGUUUUAGAAAUCAACAUUUUUGAAUGAAAACAUUCGAAUUCUCAAGUAGAUGUUGCAUUUAUCAUUGCUUGAGUUUACUGUCAUCAUAUUGAUUUAUUCAUAAUUUAAGCUUUCUUCAGAAUAUUGCCUUUUGUUGGGCAUUUUAAAAGUGUUACCUUCAACACACUCAACACAGAAAAACUUUAUUUCUGCUAUGCGCGAAGGACACAAUAAACAAACUGCAGCACGCAAAGCGGUUGCCAUAGAAAUCAUGUGGACAAAACAACAUUAUUGAAUUGGACAACUCACGAUCAGAAUAGAGUUCAUCAAAAUGCGUUAGUUUAAUGGUUUAGCUAUGUAAAUCUGAUAUAAAUGGUGUGCAAGAAUGAUGUUUACAAUACUUGUAAGCGCAGAUGUACAGAUUUGCCAUACAAAUGAAACACAAAUUUCUGCAUAACUCAAGAACUAAUCAAGCAAAUUGAGCCAUAUUUGUCAUGUGGAGGUUUUAGGGGACACGAAACGUUCCUAUGAUGGUUCUGGACCCAUGAACGUGCGCUUAGUAAGAAAACGUGGAUGUGAUAACGAAACAUAAAUUUUGGGCGAGACGAAGUUUGCCGGGUCAGCUAGUAUACUAUAAAACUACUGUAAAUCAUGAAAUAGACAAUUUUAUGCAUAUGUUUUGAAACAUUCGAAUACCUGAUUUGACAAAGGUGUGCUAAAUUAGAGCAUUCAAAAAAGUGGACAAACCAUGAUCAUAUUUUCGACUGGACAAACCAAAAUCAUUUACUUUACCAUUCCAGAUAAAUCUGAACGUUUGGCAACACUGGUCACAGCUUUACUUUGCUUUGCGCAAUGGGGAACCGUACAAGUAGAGACAUAACCAGUAUACAGUGUUUGCCAUAACAGCAUUUGUAACCCAGUAAAGCGUGAAGUCGCAACAAUAAAAUGAAAGAAUAAAAUCGUUUUAAGAAGUUUGGAGUGGAAGAAGAAAUCUAUAUAAAUAAAAAUGUAAGGCAAAAUCUGUUGAUAAGCGGAAAAUCCGAAGAAGGGAUGGUCCGAUUUUAGCCUUUUUUAUUUUUUUUGUAUUCGUCUCUUCCCGUAGAUCAAUAUAGCGGAGAGAAAAAUCGGAAAAUUGAAUACCCAUUUGUUCUACAAUUAGCUAAGCGUUGUUAGCCCAUUUGAUGUUGGCGCUAACGAAAUUGAUUUUUGUUCGAAAGUGGAAAAGGAUUUUCAGACGGAAUAACGCAUUCCUAUAUCUUCUAUCUAUAUAAACAAAAAUGGAAGGCCAAAUGUGUUAGUGUGCCCUAAACCCGAGGAAGGAAUGGUCCGAUUCGAGCUGUUUUUAUUUUGUACUAUUCUCUGUAUCAAACAUGUAUUCCAUGCAACGAAGAAACAUGUUAUUUGAAUCUUGAACGAGAAUUGUGUCUGAAAAAAAAAGUAUAUUGUAAGAACGAAUUUUUGUAGAAGUACUAGACAAUUUAUAGUAAAAGGAAAUUGUAAAGGGUCAAAGGGUAAUCAAUCAAUGAAGAGUUCAGUGAUUGGACUCACUAACGUUCACUUAGUAAGAAAACGUGGAUGUUUGAAAGUAUUCAAAUAAAAAAAUCUAUUUUGGGCGGGACGAAGUUCGUCGGGUCAGCUAGUUGGAUAAUACAAUCACAAUAGCAUCGAAUCACCAAGACCUGAAACUGAGCUACGUUAUCUGGACAAAAAUGAUCUUGAGAAACUAGAACAUCAACAAACGAUUGAGAAUCUCAGAAGACAGGCCUUCGGAAAUGUUAGAGCAGGCUUUACCUUGGGUGUAUCCGAGAAAGAACUGAUAUGUAAAAUGAUUCCCAUGCAUGAACAUUACAAAUUAAAAUUAAGCGCACUGGCUAUUAAAUUCAAGCAUUUAGCAAUAAGCAAGAAAGAUGUAUUUAUUUAAAUUUUCGUAUUUGUGGAAAAGACAAUUUUUAUAUUGAACCCAAACUGGUGUUUCUUUCCGUUGAUAGAGAAAAUAAAACAAUUAACGUA